AUGGCCGCCGCCGCCGCCUCUCGCGCCGCCGGCCGCCUCCUUUCCCCCCGUCUCCUCAUCGCCUCGCGCCAUCUCCAAGCAAAUCUACCUGGACGAACAAUUAUUGGGGAAAAUAAUGUAAUUGGGAACUAUGCUGUGGUUGGUGUUAAGUGCCAAGAUCUCAAAUAUAAGAACAUUAACGCCCUUCUCCUCCUGUUCAGCCAGGAGAUGAAUGCUUUCUACGCAUUGGUAACAACAAUGAGAUCAGAGAGUACUGCUCUAUUCACCGAUCUUCUAAACCUUGUGACUGCACGGUAUUCAGCACAUGACUGCAAGAUUGGCAGCAAUAACAUCUUUGCUAAUAAUACUCUAUUUGGUGGCCAUGUUAUUGUUGAAGACUGCACUCAUACUGCUGGGGCUGUCGUUGUCCAUCAAUUUUGUCACAUUGGAUCAUUCUCAUUUCUAGGCGGAGGCUCUGUGGUUGCACAAGAUGUUCCAAGAUACACGAUGGUUGCAGGUGAUAGAGCAGAGCUUCGUGGUCUGAAUCUUGAAGGUCUCAGGCGCAACGGUUUCUCAGACCAAGAGGUACGGAGCCUAAGGAAAGCAUAUAGGAAAGUAUUUAUGCCAGCCAGUAGUUCCCAGAGUAACUUUGAAGACCGACUCGCUGAACUGACAGCCCACCUGACUCUAUGGAAUGCUCAGUUUCAAUUCUCGUUGUUCUUCUAUACCCGAUGCAUGGAUACACCUUACAGACAGCGAGUGACCUAG